AUGGAAGACAAAUACCUACAACCGGAGGUCCCCGGCGCCCGCGACUCUGACGAGGAUUCAGAUGGCGCAUCAAUAAAAUCAACCCGCUCCUGCGCCUCCACCACCCUCCCGCAAAUCCACGAAAACGGCCGCCGCUACUGCUCAACUGUCUACUUCAUGCCAAACGACGAAACCGAACUAACCCGCCUAAACAUAACACACCAAAUCUACCUAAUCCUGCUAGACGGGUGCCUAACAACAGUACCCUUCAACCCGAAAUCGACACCGCGGAUUUUAGAUGUCGGCACGGGACCAGGCGACUGGGCCAUCGAGAUGAGCGCCGAGUUUCCGAACGCCGAGAUCAUCGCGUCGGAUAUUGGGGUCUUCGACUCUGGUCUGGGCCAUCUCUCGCUGCCGAAUGUUGAUUUUCAACUUGCGGAUGCACAGUCUGAGUGGACGUACCAUAGUCCUUUUGAUCUUGUUCAUAUACGGGGUUUAUCGGGUGCGUUUUUGGAUUGGGGACGUAUCUAUCGACAGGCGUUUGCUCAUUUGAAGCCGGGGGGUUAUAUUGAGGUUGCGGAUUCGGAUCCGGCGGGGGAGACUAUUUCGUUUGGCGAGAACACCCAUUCUGAAAAUUCUUGUUUAAAGGAGUAUACGUCCACCCUCCGCGAAAUUGCAAAAGAAGCAGGGUACCCGCGAGACCUGGAGCACCUGCAAACAUCCGCAUUGUCAGCGGCCGGCUUCGUCGAUGUGCGCGUGCUCGAGCGCACGAUUCCGAUCGGUCUCUGGCCGGAAGAUGACCAAGAAAAGACACUGGGAAAGAUGGCGCUGAUUGCGCUGCUGGAGGGGUUGGAGGCGUAUGCAUUGCGACCCUUAACCGCGUCCGGAAGGUAUACGUCUGAUGAAGCGAGACAGCUUUGUGAGAGGGUGCAGGAGGAAGUGCUGGGCAGUUCGGGGUUGAGGAUUACGGUUAAGAUUGUUACUGGCCGGAGACCUGCUUCUUAUGCGCAGAAGAGGCAGGAUGUGCUGGCGAGGGCUAUGGCGAAGGCGAAGGUUAUUAAGGAGAAGGAUGGAUUUCCUGGGGCGGGAGGGGGAAAGAGGAUUGGGAUUUUCCUGGAGAAAAAGAGGAAGGGAAGGUGGUAA